UUUCUGAUUAUUUUUUUUUUAACAAAAGACUAAGAGCUCUUCCCUGAAACCCCCGAUAAAUAAGGCCUUAGAUCUGGGAAUCCUUUUUAUUGUUAUGAGUAUGAUGACUGUUUCAAUUUUCCGACGAAGACUUGUCCAGAUUCGUCUUCCAAACAAACAAAACAAAGAAACCAUAUAUCGUUCCUUGUCUAUUUCCGUCGGAGACAGAGGAAAAAAUGACGACUUGUGGAGAAGCUACUCUUCUCACAGAAGAAUACGUCACCGGCGCCGUUGACCACCGUGGAAUCGCCGCCAGAAGAUCUAAUACCGGUAGAUGGAGAGCUGCCUGGUUCAUCAUCGGUGUGGAGGUGGCGGAGAGGUUUGCUUACUUUGGAAUCGCAUCAAACCUAAUUAGCUAUUUGACUGGACCACUUGGUCAAUCCACGGCGGUGGCCGCCGUUAAUGUCAACGCUUGGUCUGGAAUCGCUACUCUUCUUCCUCUUCUUGGAGCUUUCGUCGCUGACGCUUUUCUCGGUCGGUAUCGAACUAUUAUCAUCUCUUCUUUUAUCUACGUUCUGGGUUUGGCAUUUUUGACUUUAUCUGCGUUUCUGAUUCCCAACACUACUGAAGGGAGCUCUUCACCUUCUUCUUUACUCAAUGCGUUCUUCUUCUUCUCUCUGUAUUUGGUGGCUAUUGGACAGAGUGGACACAAGCCUUGUGUUCAGGCUUUUGGUGCUGACCAGUUUGAUGAGAAAGAUUCUCAAGAGAGAUCUGACAGAAGCUCCUUCUUUAACUGGUGGUACCUUAGUAUGUCUGCAGGAAUCGGCCUGGCGAUUCUAGUGGUUGUGUACAUCCAGGAAUACUUUAGUUGGGCGCUUGGAUUUGGAAUACCAUGUGUGUUCAUGGUGAUCUCUCUUGUUCUUUUCUUGCUAGGGAGAAGAUGUUAUAGGUACAGUAAAAGAAGACAAGAAGAAGAAACCAACCCUUUUACCAGGAUAGGUAGAGUCUUCUUUGUAGCAUUCAAGAACCAAAGCUUGAGUUCCUCAGAAUUGUGCAAAGUUGAGUUGGAGGGAAAUCCAUCUCAAGAUUCUCCAGAGGAGUCGAGUUUUCUCAACAAAGCAUUGCUUAUUCCCAUCGAUGGAGAUAUGACAUGCAAGUCUAGAGAUGUAGGUGACGCCACAGCUCUUAUUAGACUUAUUCCAGUAUGGCUUGCAACUCUCGCCUACGCCAUACCAUGUGCGCAGUCCUUGACUUUCUUCACAAAGCAAGGUGUCACUAUGGAAAGAACAAUUUUUCCAGGUGUGAAGAUCCCACCUGCUUCUCUUCAGAUUCUUAUUGGCAUAUCAAUUGUCAUCUUUGUCCCCAUCUACGACCGUGUUUUGGUCCCAAUCGCCAGGUUGAUAACUAAAGACCCUUGUGGCCUUACAAUGCUCAGAAGAAUUGGAGUUGGAAUGGUACUGUCAGCUCUCACUAUGGUGAUUGCAGCUCUGGUUGAGUCAAAACGGCUCGAGACUGCUAAAGAACACGGUCUUAUAGACCAACCGAAAGCUACUGUUCCAAUGUCGAUAUGGUGGUUAGUCCCCCAGUAUCUGUUGCUGGGAUUGGCCGACGUACACACUAUAGUGGGACUGCAAGAGUUCUUCUACAGCCAAGUCCCCACUGAGCUGAGAAGCAUCGGUCUUGCGCUUUACUUAAGUGUGUUGGGCGUGGGAAGCUUAUUGAGCAGCUUACUCAUCUCUCUGAUCGACUUAGCCACUGGAGGAAAUGCUGGAGACAGCUGGUUCAACAGUAAUCUGAACAGAGCCCAUCUCGAUUACUUCUAUUGGUUACUUGCGGUUCUUAGUGCCGUUGGGGUCAUUAUGCUCUGGUUCAUUUCCAGGUCGUAUAUCUAUCGCCAGGUGGAUCAACUGUAGUUUCUAAAAUAAGAUAAAAAAUAUAUAUAUACAAAGUAUUAUUGUCUAGUGGUCUUGGUUAAAUAGAUUGACGCUCAUAUCUCUAACAUGGCAUUUUGUUUAUCUCGGCCAGAGUCUUGGCGCCGCUUGUUGAUCCAUACUUUUGCUUUCUGAAACCCUAACUUUUUGUUGUUGUUGUUUUCUUGAUGUAUUCUUCACGGUAGCAUGGUUUUGUGUUAUUGUUGAAUUUUAUAUGUAAUAUAUUUUAAUUUGUAAUUAGGUCAUGCCUUCACUUUUGGGUUAGAGGUUGUUAUUAUGCCGUCUAUGUAUCAAAAUUUCAUAUUAAAAAUAGCGGGUCCAUGAUUAA